AUGUCUUUCACCAUAUGGCUGCUCAUCUCCCACCACGGCGCGACUAUCCCUGGCCAGUGGUCAUUUUUCAUGGCACCGGAAAGGACAGAGGAAGGAAUGCUAAUCAGCAACCGGAUAUUCACCAAGGGUUAUUCUCUGAACCCUGCAGCGAGCCCGCUGACAUAUAGCACCAUCUCCCUGGGCAUCUUCCUUGACCAGGUAGCCAGCCAUGAAGAAAAGAUUCGACAAAUCGCCGCGGCCGUCAAGAUACCUGAGAGAACCGCGGGGGCUAUCGUUGGGGUGCUCGACUGCCAGGCGUGGGCGUUUGCAUUUGUCCAAGGCCUGAUUGACGCACAGUAUUUGAACCCAUUUUCGAUGGCAAAGCUGCGGGCGGCGCGUGAUCUGCGGAUAGAUGGACCACCUAUCAAUAUGUGA